AUGUCAGACGCGGGAGCAGUUUUAUCAGGUGAUCCACAUAUGACAACAUUCGAUGGACGUCGAAACAGUUUUCAAGGUGCAUGCUGGUAUACAUUUUUCAAAGACUGCACCACACGCCCUGAUUUUGAAGUCACAAUUAAGUUUGAAAAAAGAGAUGAUAUUGAACUAUUCAAAACAAGAACAGUAUCUUUCAAAGUUACUGUCAGAGACCAGUAUGCUAUUGUUAAUGGCAUGGAUGUAGUCAAAGGAAGUACAGGUGAUGGACAUGUGGAUUCAACUGCUAUACAGAUUCAGGAAAAAGAUAGCGUGAUUACACUGACAUUCACAGCCAAGGAUACAACAUACACUCUGACAUGGACAAUGCGAAAACAUAUUUUAGAAGCGUCAUUCUCUGGUACUGAUUACAACGGCAAACUCUGUGGUCUGAUGGGAUAUGCUGAUGGUAACAAGCAUAAUGACUUCAAGACGCCUGAUGGCACUAGUACUAAUGAUUCUAUUCAUUUUGGAGAAAGCUGGAAAGUAAACGAAGAAGUGUAA